GUUGCGCGUUGCUGUCCAAGAUCAUUGCCUUCCGAUGCCCAAAGCAUUUGGAGGAAGACGAUCUGUGCUGCACGCCGCCCUCGCCGUCCGGCUGACAUCGAGUCUUUUCGCAGCCGUGUGACCCAAGCAUGACUCCCACUCCCAGUGUGUAUGCCAAUGUAUUCCAAGCCGCGGAAGACCUGCAGCGAUCUCGGAGACUGUGUCGGAGCCGCCGGAGGAGCAGAGGGCGUAUGUGGCUGUCAUGGCAUGCUGCCGUCAACCAUGCGGCUGGCCAAGAGCUGCUGUCAUGGUCGAAGAGGGAGAUCCUUAGGCCGAUGACGUUGCUGCGGUCGCGUCGGAACCAGCCGGCGCCAGGCUGGAGGUCGACGGCUGCGUCGUCGCCAUUGGCUGGCAGGAGCAGGACCAGAGGUCAAAGAAGUUAUCGGAUCGGAGUGUGCUGCAGUCGGGCUGGAAGCAAGUUGUCAGUGGAUAUGCAGAGAUGCGGAGCUGCGGAGAUGGUUAGGUGCCGCCCGCCAUGGCGCGAGAAGGUCAAGGCUGGUGUCGUCGUCGUCGCAUCAGGUCCUGAUCAUGGCAGUAGCGGAGGCGGAAGUCGGCAUUGGCUUGCCUGCCGCUCCAAGUCGACGUGUCGAUGAAGUGCAUCGUUGCUGGCGCCGUGAAAGGCUGCUCGAGGCCGGAGAUGCUCGAGGCUGUACGGCGAAAAUUGAGCUCCCUGCACCCGCCAGGCUGCCCUGCCGCACCCCGCGCUUGCAACUUCGCUGGUGCCACCUCGCACCAUCGUCGUGUUCUGUACCCGUCGGGGGGCUUCUUGGCUUGAGGGGGAUCUGCAGAUGCUGCCCUGCAGCAGCAGUGCAACGAAACGAGAUCAAAGGUGGGGG